AAGAGACUUCAGUAACACAGAGACAUUAUGUAGUGAACAGAAAUACUACUGUGAAACUUGCUGCAGCAAACAAGAGGCACAGAAGAGGAUGAGAGUAAAAAAGCUGCCAAUGAUUCUUGCCUUACACCUCAAGAGAUUCAAGUAUAUGGAGCAGUUGCACAGGUAUACUAAGCUGUCUUACCGUGUAGUAUUUCCUCUGGAGUUACGUCUCUUCAACACAUCUGGCGAUGCUGUCAACUUAGAUCGGAUGUACGACUUGGUAGCUGUUGUUGUUCACUGUGGAAGUGGACCCAAUCGGGGGCAUUAUAUUACUAUCGUGAAAAGUCAUGGAUUUUGGCUCUUGUUUGACGAUGACAUUGUAGAGAAAAUAGAUGCUCAAGCUAUUGAAGAAUUCUAUGGUCUCACCUCUGAUAUAUCAAAAAAUUCAGAGUCUGGCUAUAUUUUAUUCUAUCAGUCAAGAGAGUGACUUGGCAAACGGUGGCAGUUACGCACAACAAUGCUGCACGCAGAAGAAGGUGAUGGCCCCCCUGGACUGACUUUCACACAGACCACGUCUUGUACGGUGGAACAACAAUACGCUCUGUCUCCUAUUAAACGGUCUAUGUGGUACUGAGUAUAACCAAUCCAUUUUUGACAUGCGGAACUUUGUUUUGGGAACAGGGAGGGGGGUGUUUGUCGUUUUUAAGUCUGAUUGAGGAGUUAAUUGCAGUCAGAUUUUACUGGAAUUUAUAUGGACUAACAUUUACAGAUAAUAACAUUUGGAUGUCGGUUGUUAAACCCAAUCCAGCUAGAGCAGUAUUUUGUAUGGAAGCGAUCAUUGCAUUUAGGGCAAAAUUAUUUAAAACUUUCUAAAUGACUUUGGGGUUUGUUGACUUA